CUCUCUCUCUCUCUCUCUCUCUCUCUCUCUCUCUCUCUUUCUCUCUCUCUGUGGGACCCAAACUUGUUUCAGGAAAAAGCGCCUGAACGGUUUUUUUUCUCUCCUCUCUCUCGUAGGCUGAAGAAACAGGACAGCCGCCUCCGUGCCAGAGAGAAGGCGUAGACUUCCUCCAAACAUUUCCUCCGCCAUCUCCGCUUUCGAGACUCUCUCAAGUUUUUUGGGGAAAGCUUUAGAAGGAGAAGGACAGGACUUUUCUACCUUUUUUUACCCUCCUAACUCCAGGUAGCCGAGCCUUUUUCUUUGCUGUGAGAGGAGGAGGAGGCUUUCUCCGGCUCAACUUCUUCUUCCUCCUGCAGACAUGGACUGGGGCACAGAUCUUUGGGUGAGUUUGACAGCUGACACAGACUCAAAGAAAUACCCCCACAUCCUGUCAGAGUAGUUCGUCCUGCCAUUGUUGCCGUGUGCAGCACAGACAGUGUGUGUGUGUAGAGUGUGUGUGUUGGUGUUUCUCCACGGCAGGCCUGGGUUAAGUAAUCUUCAGACAACAGCAGGAGUGUGUCUGUAAAAGCUGCAGCCAGGGGAGGAUUUCGCAACUCCUGCUGCAUACCUUCUCAUGAGCAGAGGGGAGACAUGAGAGCUUUAUGACCCUCUGUGGCCACCUUAUCUCUAAAGGUGUGCUCCAACAACUCUUCAUAUUCAGCAGGAUUUCACCUGAAGUUUCCUGACUCUACCCAGGAAGUGUUGAGGUGUGAUUUGAGACCAUCCUUACCGUCACUAAAUCAGCCUCAAGCGUCUUCAUGUGGAGACUCACGUUUAAGGAAUGAGUAGUUUCACUUCAUUCAGCUUCCUCAGUAAAUCAUUCGCUAUAAACUGUAAAAAAAUGCUCAAAAUGAAAACAAACCCAGACCAGACAAUGCCUUUAGGGUCAGGGGAGAGUGGGGUAAGUUGAUCCACCCCCUGUUGCUUGAAAAUAUAUAAAUAUUGAGGAGAUGGGCGUCAAUUCAUGGAGUCUGUGAAGGUUAGAAGCACAUGGGUGAAGAGGUUAGACAUUUAUUUACAAGAAAAAAAACAUUUUUCACUCUGUAAAGUAAAUUUAGUCUGUCGUAAGUUUGAUUAAAAUUGUGUUCAGACUAAAAAAGAUCAUUUUAAAUUAGUUUAUACAUUAAUUGUUGUAUCUAUGAGCUCCAACAUGAUGUCAAAACAAAACGGUCAACUUAGACCAUACACGGGGUAAGUUGACCAUAGGAGACAACUUUAUUCAGACUCAUUCUGUUGGUUUGCAGGAUGAACAACAUCCUGAAAUAUCUGCAGAUACACGAGUUAGAGACGAAACUAGGAUUGACUUGAUGUUGUGAUCGGAAAUAUGAAAAGUGGCUCAUCUUACCCCGCUCUCCCCUACUUGUUUUGUCCAGUUAGAGACCCAACUCCCAAAGAUAUCCUGUUUACCACCUCAUGUGGAAGAGAAAGGCAGGAAAUCCUCACGUCUGAGGAGCCAAAACAGGAGAAUUUGAGGCAUUUUUGCUUGGCAACAAAUGACCAGUUUAAAAAAAAGGACUUAAAAACUGAACAGAAGUCAUUUAAAUGAGCUGUACUGACUUAUAUUUUAAUUUCAUCCUGUAAAAACAAUCCUUUUUAUAAUCUAUCAUACACUUGACCUUUAUGUGGGUCAAAAUAGGUGAGUUUAACAGCACUUUAAGUUUUUUGCUCUUAUAUGGAUUCAUGACUUUCAAAAUCAGGAGGGAAAUUUCCCUCUGAGUCUUCUUACUUCUUUAUUCUGAGUAUUUCCCUGAGUCAGUAUUCAGCGUAAACUCUCAAGUGUCUGUAACUCUUUACUUGCACAGUUCCUGAAAAUUUCCAAACUUUUACAUUUAUGAGUUUAUUUCAUAAUAAUUUCAUAUUUACAGCCUGUAUUUACUGCUGCUGCCUCUAUGUGACGUCAGGAUCAGCCUCCUAUACGACAUGCUGUCAGUCGGGUAAUUUUAGAGUCAGAUUUCCUGAAAUGUUCUGGAAAUUUACAGGAUUUCUGGAAAUAACACGAGUCUAGAGGUCUGCUGGUUUGGAUAGUUUUCUUUUUAGAAAGAUGUUUUGUUUGUUAAGUGACGGAGAAGCUCUUCGACCAGGGCUUCUUCUUCUUCUUCUUCUUCUUCUUGCAAAUGUUAAUAUUAAUAAUCCAACAAAUCAUUACAUAACCUUAUCCCUCUGUAUCCUGACAAAAGUCGUCUCGAUCAAAGAGGAAAUCGUUUUCAAACUGAUAUAUUUGCUUCCACAACAAAAGCACGUUUAGACGAGACAUCUUCAUGACUCUGAACCGACAGAUCCUGAAACUCCUCACAGCGACGGAGGACUUACAGCUGAAAACAAACUGUUUUAGUCCUAAAUCAGAAAAAUCUGAGGUGUAAAUCUGAGAGUUUAGUACGUUCAGUGUGUGUUUAACUCAAACUGAAGAGCAAACAUGACUUCUUUUCCUGAGUCCUGCUGUGAUUGUGGUCGUAGUCUGAGCACCUCUGAGAUUUAAACACAGACUAAACUCGGCUGUGUGGCUCUUUAACUCUGUGUUUGUUGUUAAAGAGUUAAAGCUGUUAAAUUAAACUACAAUGUGGUGAAAAACUAAAAUGCAGCAGAGAUAAGAGUAUUCGUAGACCGACCUCUAAAUCUGGAUUUUUAUCUUCAGCUGUCACUGUCAUUAACCAACUCUGGGGUCAAUAUUUCAUAAAUACAUUUACUCUGCGGUCUGUAAAAUCAAAAUAUUUACCUUAAAAUCUCCAUGAAACGUCUCCUUCAUCAUUCAGCUGUUAGAGCGGUGGUUAUAUACGAGUGUGUUUAUGAUUUUUAAAGGUAAAACUAAAGUCACAGCUUUGGAGAGGUAAACAAACUUUCUUGGUUGAACGACAGAACGGUCCGUUUGGAGACAUCGCCACGUGACUGUUUCAUUUUAGAAAAUUAAGGGUCGAUUAAUUUGAAAACCGAUAAAACUGAAUAAUCCAGUUGAUUUGAAAUAACAGGAUAUCAUAAUAACAUUGUAAAUCACUCAGUGUAUUUUCAGUUCCUCUUUUGUGUGAGUACGGUUUCAAUCAUGGUUUCAUGCUUCGCCUCGUCAGCCUUUUCUCGUUGUGUUACCUUUAAAGCUUUUGGAUCUUGAUUGGAUGUUUUUUCAUAAAUGAACACAACCUUGUGUCGCUUCGUUAGAUGGAGGUGGUACUCAGUAUGUUAAAGUAAAACACCUUUAAAUCAGAAAACCAAAGUCCUCUUGAAGCCCAGACUGUGACCUUUGUCUAAACUAACCCAGAAGUUGUGGUUGUUAAACCUGACAAAACAUCACAGGACUCAGACCCAAGAGAGCGGGGUUAGGUUCUCAUGUGAAACCAAGUCGCUGUUCCUUCUACUCAUUACUGUAUUUUAAUUAAUAAUAAUGAUAACUUGAUGAUUAAACAACAAUUUAACCUAUCACCCUAGAAAACUAGAACCUAUGAGAACCGAGGUGAUGGAAGAAUCCAACAACUCGAACUGAACCAGGACCAAAAGGACGAAGGAAGGAAGAGGAUUAAAGUGAUAAAGAGAGAUCUAACAGGAAUAAUAGGAAUGGAGUUAUAGGGUGACAUAAAGAGAUAUAGAAACAUAGAUGUUGUUGAGACAUUUAAAGAUACGAAAAGUAAAACAAGUGGAAACAGAAUAAAUAAAAACCAAAAGGCAAUAAUAAAAGGAACUAGGAUGACGUUCAGAAAACCACACAGACAAAGAUCCACAUGUGUCGUCAGGAACAGUAAGAAACUGUUCUUUGGAUUAAUACAGGAGUACCACAGGGUUCUGUUCCCGGUACACUUACUUCCUGGUCAGUUCAUGGAGUGUUUUUUUUUUUUGUGUUUACAGACGAUACCGUUUUAUUUUCAUCUAUCAGAAGCUUUUCAGCCCGUGAUCUUAAACUCAUGUAUAAACGUGUGAAUCAAUCUGUGUUUGAUUAAGCGAUCAGGAUAAAUGAUAAUGUUUGUGUUAAACAGGGAUAUAAACGGCAGUAAUACACUAAAUUUACACAACUUUGGAGAACUAACCUGUUUACAGUUUAUGAUUCAACUUUAUCACAUGAACUCGAUCUAAAGUCACCGCAGUAUCGAUAUCUACGUCUCCAGUCUGGGUUAACUUCUCUGGAACUCUCAGUUCAGAAACUUCUGCUGAACCAGCUCUGUCUGUAGGUCUCCCUCAUUUUUAACAUACUGGGCAGUAAAUAUCACACAGGACUCUGUGACCUGUGAAGAUAGUCCAACUACACCUCCUCCUCCUCUUCCCCAUCCUCCUCCUCCUCCUCCUCCUCUCUCGUCUCAGCAGAAAAGGCUGGAUUCACAUUUAUCCACCAUUUUUCUUUCAGCUUUAGAAAGUGACCCGCACAUCUUGUUGUCUGACAUCAUCGCUAUUCCCAUGAUCUUGUCUCCUUAGUGAUGCAGCUGUCAACUUCUUCUUACACUUCUUUUUCUUCUUAUACUUUUCAUUCCUCCUCUUAUACUGCAUCUUCUUCUUCUAAAACUUCUUAUACUUCUUAUAUUUCUUCUUCUUAUACUUCCUCUUCUUCUGAUACUUCUUCUUCUUGUCCUCGUAUUUCUUUUUGUUUUUGUUUUGUUUCUUCUUAUACUUCUUUUUCUUUCUCUUUUUGUUAUACUUCUUUUUCUUGUCCUUCUCAUACUUCUUAUACUUCUCUUUCUUCCUUUCCUUCUUAUACUUCUUUUUCUUUCUCUUUUUGUUAUACUUCUUUUUCUUGUCCUUCUCAUACUUCUUAUACUUCUCUUUCUUCCUUUCCUUCUUAUACUUCUUUUUCUUUCUCUUCUUCUUAUACUUUAUCUUCUUAUACCUCUUCUUCUUCUUAUAAUGCCUUUUCUUCUUCUUAUACUUCUUAUACUUCUCUUUCUUUCUCUUCUUAUACCUCGUCUUCUUCUUCAUCUUCUACUUCUACUUGUACAUCUUCUUCUUCUUCUUCUUUGGCCAGUUAAUUUCCGUUCAUGUUCCCCUGAUCCAUGUCAUGAGCACCACUGUGAAGAAUCAGUAGUUGUAGUUUUUCACAGAGAGAAACUGUCAGGGAAUUUCUGUGUUUUUCAGUUUUUUGGUAAAAGAAGUUUCACACAAGGAUGUAUUUUUUGUCCCACCCCUGGUUCUUGUAGUUUUUGAGUAUUUAAAGACCAUCCUGGGAAAUAUCCUGUAAAUGAGCUCAGACUAUAAAUGAUGUGAUGCAUUUCUUUGUACUUUGAUGAACUUAAAUCAAAAUCAAACAGAUUCAUAUGUGAAGUUAAAAUCUUCUACGAGGAGGAUCACAUCUGUGAGUUUUCCUGAAGCCAAACAGCUGAAAGUUAUCGAGUUUGAAACAACUUCAGAGUUGGAUUCUAGUCGAGUUUGUGCAAUCCUGAUGUUUUUUAGCUUUCAGUCUGACUGAGGUGAGCCAAAAUCUGACCUCAGUUCAGCCUGGUUCAGGAAACGCUGCUGCGUCACAGAGAGGGGUGGGACUAGUCCGACUGGUUCCAGGCUUUAGAGAGGCCCUGGGGACCGUCAGUCACAGGGCGGAGGUUCACACUGAGCUAAUGAUUAUCUCAUUCCUGAACCCUCUCCGACUCACUAUCAGUGUUUCCUCCUCUCCCACAAACAUGCAGGAGAAGUAAUGGGGCGUAAAAGAAGAAGAAGAAGAAGUCAAAAACAUGCUGGAAUAUUUCCCAAAGAUUCUCCAGCGGCGAGCUAAUCUCCCCGUCAUCUGCAGUUUGUUCUGAUUUGCACAUUUCCCAGGAAAAACGUCUAAUUGACUCUUUUCUCCCUGGUGCUUUCUGAUCCAGUUCCUCCCUGCUGGUCCGCUCGUAUCCAGGACGUUUCUAUCUGUGUUAGUCUACGCUCUCCAUUUAGCUUCCUCUCUCCUCUGAGGACUCAAUAUCUAUGUCUCAGGCUCCAAACGACCUCCAUGCUCACACACACACACACACACACACACACACACACACACACUUCUGCAAGGUGGAGUCCUUUUUGUGUUUCAUAAGAGACACAACAGCAGAACCUCCCUGUUGCUCUCUGUGUCCUGAUUCUUGUGUGUUUUGUGGUUAUGUUCGAUUUAAGUGAGGCCUCUACUGUGUGUCAUGGAGAUCUAAACUGGUGUGUGACCUGUUCGACAGGUUUGUGUGUGUGUGUGUGUGUGUGUGUGUGUGUGUGUGUGUGUGUGUGUGUGUGUGUGUGUGUGUGUGUGUGUGUAUAUGUGUGUGGGAGUGUGCUUUGUAGGGCUGUGUGUAAAAAGCAGGUGAGGAAUGCUGAAAGGAGAGUCUGCUUUAAUCUCUAUAACACUUUAGUGUGUGUGUGUGUGUGUGUGUGUGUGUGUGUGUGUGUGUGUGUGUGUGUGUGUGUGUGUGUGUGUGUGUGUGUGCGUGUGUGUCCAGCCUGAUGAAAUGUGAUGCACAUGAAGUGUAAUUCAGCCGAAAAAGCGCCAAACUGACCGAUUUAUCACUCAGCUUCCUGAAAGGAUGAAAAUGUAAUCAGACUUUUUACUCGUCAAAGGAAGUUCAAUCAAAAUGUUUGGUUGGUAAAAAUGAGAAAAAUUUUCCUUUUUUUUUGUCUAAUCUGAUAUAAUACAGCAACAUUUAAACUCUAUAAGUAACUCAAAUUAGAGUAAAGACAACCUGUCAAAUGCUGUAACUAGAAAAAAACAUUAUUGUGUGAAAAUUAAGCGAGAAACAAAACACUGAAAAUUUGGUUUAACACCCAAAAACACCCGCGGGAACAUCUGUCUGAUUAGGAUCAUGUGCAACAGGUUAACUUAUAGGGCUGCACAAUUUUGGCCAAAAAUAAAAUCCAGAUUUUUUUUUCUCUGAAAACACAAUUUUCAAUUUUCAAUUCUUUCCUCAGUGACAACUUCACCAAACUUCACUUUAUUAAAAAGUUUUUCUAUCGUCUCUCAAAACGAAACCACUGAAAACAAUGUAGUUCAUAUGCCAAGCCAGUAAGUGGUGCUGUUAAGAAGAGUACAGAGCAUGUGUAUGAAGGUUGUUUCGGCGCCAUAAAAGAGUUACUCUGUGUGUCACAUGAUCGUUUCCAGAGAUGCAGAUAGACAUCCACACGGAGAUGAAAUGGUCGUCGUUUACAGAUUUAUUCACUGUAAGGAUGCCUAGCCCAGGUUCACACUAGAAAGAAUCGAAGGUCCACACGAAUGGUCAUUUUGACAAGCUUUACUGAUUACAUAUCUGGGUUACAGCUUCAGCAGGCCACAAGUGUAACACAAGUGCAACACAAGUGUGACAAAGAGUGUGACACAAGUGUGUCACAAGUGUGACCAACACAAGUGUAGCCCCCCGUGGUCCAAGAACAUUCAAGUAUAUAUAGCGGUUCACAAUCCUAAACAUACUGUUGGUAUUUAGUUGACCCGAGGAGAAAUCCAUGUAUGGUAAAAACAAAGGACAACAUGUUUCAAAAGCCUUAGAUGAACAUGUGGAAGGUCCCAAGAAGGAAAUAUCAUGGCAAAACGUAUUUUGGGGACCCGUAUGAUGUAAAUAAUGUGUACAGGGUUCCUUGCUCAGGGAUGGUUGUAGGAGGCCCCCGGCUCCAGCAAUCUAACACCAAAGUGUCUGGGGUAUUUGAGUGACACAGCUCCACCACUCUAAAGGCUGACAUGACUGACUAAAGAAACUCAUCCUAACAUUCACUCUCUGACCCGUUUUCAAAAAGUACCGUUUACAGUCACCUGAAACGCUGAUACGACAAAAAACUUUAGCGUUUCCUCCUGAAUUUGUUUCCAUGGUGACGGGUUGAUACCGCCUUCAGACAGACUUUGCAGCGGGGAGUGGUUUACUCUUCAUCUGAAACUGUGAAGUCGUACCAAUUCAACACGACUGACUCGCUCUUGUCCUAUUUAACCACGAAAUUAUCGCCUUCUUUAGUAAACGCCAUGUUUGUUUACAUUAGUGUGUGGGAACUGGGGGGCACUCCUGCAGGAAAGGGGAGGAGCCUACGGUGGCCUGGAGGUGUGAGACAUGAUAGAGAGGAAAAUCAAUUUGAGUAUUUUGAUUUUUUAACAUCGUCAAAAUCCAAUAAUCCGAUCAAUCGAUUAAUCGAUCAGCCGUAGUUUCUCUGUGUUUCAGCUGCAGUAUCGUUGCUGUAUAACCAGCUUUAGAGGCGCAGAGACAUGUAUCCUCCAGUGACAUAAUGACUCAUCUGUAAAACUCAUGGGAAGACGAACCGGUUCUUUGAAGGUUUCCUGUUUGAGUUAAUUGUGAAUCAGCGUGAGUCUCCGCCCAAAAACAAGGUCAGUGUUGGUGAAAGUGAAGCUGGAGAGAGCGUCUGAUUAAUUAGUCUGUAGAUUUAGGGCUGAACAGGAAGUUAAAGAUAAAACUUCUUGAUCAAACUUUAGUUCCUCUUCUGUUUGAUCUGAGCUCUUCUAGGAAGUUAAACCGUUUAUUUACAUCGACUUCAGAGACGUUUAUAGAGAGAAUAAAUCUGGACUUCAUGUGUAUUUAUCACAGUUUAUCUAUCGCUGUUUUCACUUCACCUUAACUGGAAAAUAAUCCAUCAUUUAGACUUUUUAUACAACAGAAUUAAAAGACAAUAAAUCAAAACAAACUGAGGAAACGCUCUCAUGAGUUCAUAACGAGAAAACUUCAGACAGCUUCAUGAAUUUGUUGUUUCAUUAAAUCACCUCGUUUCUUUUUAGGAGUGAACGUCACCAGAAAUAGAAAUCACAGAGAAGUUCGGAGCUUUAGUCUGAGGCGUCUGAUCUGGUUAAUCGUCCGAAACUUCCCCUCUGAUCCUCCUGAGACUGCAGACAGCUUCACUUCUUCUUCUCCUCUGAAUCUGUUUCCUGAGUCGGUUUUGCUUUCACUCUUGAAAUGUGGAAAUCUUUCACUGUGUCAGAGUUUGUUUGACUCCGGCGUGAACUGUGUCCCUGCAGUCAUUUUUUUCUGUUUGCAUGAACAUGUGCGGUAAGAAAAUCCUCUCCUGUCUUCCAGGACCAGUACGAUCACAUCGACAAGCACACGCAGUCCGGCCUCGACCUGGUGGAGCGAUACAUCAAGUUUGUGAAGGAGCGGACAGAAAUAGAGCAGAGCUACGCCAAACAACUCAGGUGUGCCACAGUUUCCUCUCAGCCUCUUAAUGAAGCGUUAAUGAAUGAGUGAACGUGUGAAAUAUCUGCUCCUUCUUCUUCACAUCCUAACAGGAGCCUCUCGAAGAAAUACGCCAAACGAGGGAGCAAAGAAGAACAAGAAUGCAAGUGAGAGACUUUCCCAUCAUGUCUUCACUGUCGUCUCUAGAGUUUCUGAUUUUACGGGCCUGUGUGGUUCUCCGUCUUUGCACGGCACACAUGCAGAGGGAAUAAUAAAAUUUUGGACAAUAAGUCUCCGAUUUUGCACGGACGAAACAAGAACAUAAGGUCGAGCUGGAGCCAAGAGUCAGAGCGGAGUGGAAAUCCUCCGACUUUGACUGUUUUAUUCAUAAACCACAUGAGAACGAAGCAGCAGGUGAACACAGGUGAGACCUGAACCUGGACAAGGAUCAGGACCUCAAACUAGAGAAACAACCAAAACUGUGAUGGUCAUCAAAAUAGGGCUGGGCGAUACGGCCUCAAAUCAAUAUCACGAUAUAUUGAUCAGUUCACCUCGAUAACGGUAAAUGGACAAUAACUACUCCACCAGCUGCUCACCCCCUCCCACAUUAACUUCGUCUACUUCAGCCGCUCCAACUUUCUCUCCGUCCUCCAUCUCCUCACCUGUCUUUACCUCUUUGUUACAGACUGGAUGGGGUGGAGUCACGUCUCUGACGUAGGACAGCGUCUUAAAGGGACAUGAGACCAUAGCCUACCUACACACAUCCAAAAACAACUUUGAUUUACUAACAUAUUGACACGGGAAAAUGACGUCAUUAUUGUCGUAAAUUUCAGUAUCAGUACAUUUUCAGUUUAUCGCCCAGCCCUAAAUAAAAAUAUACAACAAGUCCACACGGUCGUUCUCAUCUCAGAGUCUGAGUGCAAUCAGUCAAUUUCAAUUUUAAUAUGCUAUAUUGGCAUUUCUGAAGCAUCUCAACACAACAACAAUAAUGAUAAUAAUAAAAUAAUGAUUAUCAUAAUAAAAAUCAUGAUAAUAGUGAUAACGAUAAUAAUAAUAAUAAUGGUAAUAAUGAUUUUAAUAAUUAUAAUUACAAUGAUAAUAAUAAUGAUAAUAAUAGUAGUAAAAAUAAUAAUGAAACUAAUAAUAUAAUAACAAUGAUUAUAACACUGAUAAAAAACAUAAUGAUAAUAACAACAAUAAUUAUAACACCAAUAAUGAUAAUAAUAUAAUAAUAAUAAUAAUCACAAUAAUAACAAUAGUACAACUAAUAAUAAUGAUAAUAAUUAGAACAACGAUAAUAAUAAUAAUAAUAAUAAUAAUAAUAAUAAUAAUAAUAAUAAUAACUAUGAUAAUAUGAAAUAUAAAAUUGAUCAAUAGUGUAUUAUGUAUCAGUAUCAUGUUGCAGGUAAAACUCAGGAGCAACUGUUCAGGUCAGUCUUCAAGUUUAAGUCUCAACCGAUUCACAAGUAUAAUCCAGAGAGACUGGACAGUAAAGCUUAUCCAGAUCAGAUUUACAAAAACCCAGACGUUAAAUUCCGGAAACAGAACUUAACCCUCUCUGAUUGUAACAUAAAGACCCUGAAGUGACUUCUUCAAAAACGUUGACCAAUCAGGUUAACAGGUUACAGUUGUGUCAGCACACAGAGUGUUUUUGUGUAAUCCAUACAAACGAACAAACGGACGAGUGUGGAUGAGAAAGAGAGGAAGGAAAGAAAAGAACACCAACAGAGAGAGAGAGAAGGAAGAGAGAGAAAGUGAGGGUGAGAGUUUCCCCAUCUGUCCACCACUCGACUCGACAUAAAAACACAGGCUGGCAUGAAGCGAUGUUACACCUCAAUAUAUUUAAUGUGUGAAAGGAUUAAAAACGAGCUUUAGUUUUUGAGUCACGUCAGAGGGUCUUAAACAUCGACAUAGUGUCCACAUGAAGUCGUGCUCGAGGGUUGAAGUUAAAGCGACAUGUGUGAGGUUAAAAAAACAAAACAUCAGCUGACUCAUGAAAACGUCCACAAAACACCAACAAACUGUGGUGGUGUGUGACUCAGCAUUUCUAAAAUAGAUUUAUUUUAUAAUUUUCUAUCCUAAGGUUUAAAUUAAAGAAUAACAUGAAACAGUGAGAUCGGAAAUCUGACCGUAUCUGGAUAAUAUGAGUUCAUAAAUUUUGUCUCCUAACCGUCUGUGCUGCAGAUUCAGCAACCACGCAUCAUUCCAGGAGAUCCUGAACGAGCUGAACGACUACGCCGGCCAGCGAGAGCUCAUCGCCGAAAACAUGAUGACGGCCAUCUGUGUGGAACUGACCAAAUACCUUCAAGAUAUCAAACAGGAGCGCAAAACAGUAAGAGAGGAGGGAAGGAGACUGAUGUUUGCAGAUAGACCGUGUCAUCAGCUUUAACCUCUUUCUUCUUCAGCACCUGUCCGACGCCAAGAAGGCCCAGCAGAACCUCGAGAGCAGCUUUAAACACCUAGAAAGUGUGAGUAACUCUGACUUUGUGUCUUUUCACGAUGAAGGUUUGGUUAAGUUUUGUUGGUUCAGGACAGAUCGAGUUCCUGGAAGUCUACGUGAAGACACUCUGACCCAAACACUCGUGUUGUAGUUGUGAUGCAAUAGCGAUGACGCCAUCCAUUGAAAGCGGCGAGGCGUUUUCUUCAGUGUUUCUCAAAGUCCUCUACAGAGAACUCCUUAGACAGGAAGUAGUGAAGACAUAACCUCAGUGAGCACCAAUCAAAACGGUUCUUCACAGAGUAGAGAGUAAAAUAGAGAGUAUUAUAAGUUAGUAUCAUCCUCUGUGAUAUCUGCACCCUUGAUUUACAGAGGCCGUUUAUCCACAGUCUUUUUAAAGCAACUAUAAGGAGUUUUACUCAUUUAUGAAAUCGGCUGAAAUUCAUGUUAAUGUCUUUUCAUAAUAUCAACAAGGAUUUUAAGGAUUUAAUAUGAUAGUUUCUAAAGCCAGAAGCUGGAGUGAUCGUGGUCGGUGACAUUUUCCCACAUAAAUAAAUUCUGAAGUCACUAUUUAAAGCUCCUGUAAGGAACUUUUGACUUGAGUUAACUAGGGCUGCACGAUUAAUCGGAUUAUAUGAUUAUGAUGACGUUAAAAAAAUGUAAAUCCUCAAAUCGAUUUUCCUCUCUAUCAUGUCUCACCCCUCCAGGCCACCAUAGGCUCAUCCUCCUCCCACACACACCAGUGUAAACAAACAUGGCGUUUGCAAAAGAAGGCGAUAAUUUCGUGGUUAAAUAGGACAAGAGCGAGUCAGUCGUGUUGAAUUGGUACGACUUCACAGUUUCAGAUGAAGAGUAAACCACUCCCCGCUGUAAAGUCUGUCUGAAGGCGGUAUCAACCCGUCACCACGGAAACGAAUUCAGGAGGAAACGCUUAAGUUUUUUGUCGUAUCGGCGUUUCAGGUGACUGUAAACGGUACUUUUUAAAAACGGGUCAGAGAGUGAAUAAAUCUGUAAACGACGACCAUUUCAUCUCCGUGUGGAUGUCUAUCUGCAUCUCUGGAAACGAUCAUGUGACACACAGAGGAACUCUUUUAUGGUGCCAAAACAACCUUUAUACACAUGCUCUGUACUCUUCUUCAGCAUUACAGCGCCACUUACAGGCUUGGCAUAUGAACUACAUCAUUUUCAGUGGUUUUGUUCUGAGAGAUGAUAGAAAAACUUUUUAUUAAAGUGAAGUUUGGUGAAGUUGUUACUGAAUAAAAAAAAUCAAAAAUCGAGUUUUUAGAAAAAAAAAUAGGGUUUUAUUUUUGGCCAAAAUCGUGCAGCCCUAGUGUCAGUUAUGGCGCCCCCUGUGGACAAAACAGUCUUUGCUCAUCAUAACAUCAUAAUAGUCGUAACUCAUCCUGCUGACUGUUGACAGUGAACCGUCUCAUUUAUUGUGAAUAUUUCACGUAGAAACUGUAAAAACAGACCCCUCUACCUUCAGCUCUUCAGCUCACACCUACGUCAAAUAUAAAAAUCAUAAAUAAAACCCCUGAUGGUCUCCUUUGCUUUUAGAUUUCAUAAAAAAACAUUAAUGUGACUAAAAAAAAUCCUCACUGGAGCUUUAAGUAUGUAGACGACAAGAAAAGACUUCUCUGCUCCCUGGGGCACCAAAACUGACACAAACCAAAAGUUUUAAAUAUUUUAGGAACUUCAAAUAUUUAUAGAUUAUUUUCACAGAGAGGUUUCCUGAGGUUUCACUCUCCUCUAUUAUCUGUUCGUUUAUUCAGUCCUGCUAUUUGAAUGACCAGAUUUACUCCUGUGUUUCUUUAGUCCAGGACCUUUAAAAUCGUUUUCUAAAAUCUAUUUUCCUUCUUUAUUCCGAGUAUUUAGUGAAUGUCGUUAAAAAUCUCUGACUCCUGUUAAUCGUCCCCUGAUAAAAAAAGCAUUAACGUUGUUAUUUGUUGGACAGUUGCACCGAACAGUAAAGUUCAUCUGUAGUGCGGCUGAAUUCCCCGACUUUUGCAUUUUUAAUACCCUCUCAAACUCUUUGCAUUAUUCAUGUGAAAUAAAUUGUUUCUGUUUGUACGUGUCUGCAGACGAAGAAGCGUUUUGCGAAAGAGUGGGCGGAGGCCGACAAAGCCACACAACAGGCCGAGAAAACAGAGGCGGACCUCAACGCCACCAGGCUGGAUGUUGAAAAGGUAAACACACACACACGUACACACACACACACACACACCUGAUCCUUGUUUUCACCCACAUGUUUCAGACGCUCUCAGUCAAAGAUAUCCCUGACCCGUCCUUGCCUCUCUCUCCAUUUUUCACCCCCGUCUGACUCACUUCCCUCCCUCGUCCUCCUCCCUGCAUCUGUCCGCACUAAUCCCCACUUUGCAUCUUGUUUUGCAUCUCUUCGUUUCCCCCCCACUUCUUCCUGCAUCUCUUCAUCCUCCCCUCCCUUUUUUCUCCUCCGUCCUUGCACCCGUCUCUCGCUCUGAAGGCCAAGCAGCACGCCCACUCCCGCACGCACACGGCGGAGGAGUGCAGGAACGACUACGCUGCUUAUCUCCAGAAGUACAACAAGGAGCAAAACUACUUCUACUACACAGAGAUCCCACAGAUCUACAAUGUGAGGAACCAAACACACACACACACACACAUACCCUGUUUAUGUGACGUUAUCUCCCCCGCCCUCCAUCAGAUCCAGCGAAUCAGUUUUUUAUAAAUGCGUAUGUUGAACAGAAACUACAGGACAUGGACGAGCGGAGGAUUCGGCGGCUGGCGGAGGGUUACUGCCAGUUUUCAGACAUCGAAAAGAAGGUGCUGCCCAUCAUCUCCAAGUGUUUAGAGGGCGUGUCUGCGGCAGGGGUCAAAAUAAACGAGAAACAGGUACGAGAAGACGCUGAAGGGUUCAUACUCUACGUUUGUACAUUGUGAUACGCCAUAAAAACAUAAAAAUGCAGGAAGUGUCUUUCCUUUUCCAACAUAUAAUACGAAAGAGGAUUAGGGCCACAUAAAUAGAAAAACAAAAGUUACAGGAAAGAGAUUAAAGUUGAAAUUUAAUGAUUAAAAACUCAAAAUUGUGUUAAAAAAGUCGAAAAUUUAGUUAAAUUUCAAGAUUAAAGUUGAAAUUACAAGAAUAAAGUGGACGCAAAUAAAGACAAAAUUUCCUGAAUCAAGUCGUAUUGUUGAGAUUAAUGAAAAUGAAUCGACAGCAUUGUCGCUCGUCACUCGACAACAUGUCCUCUGUAGAAGAGUUAAUAAGGAAGUCGUUGUUUUUUUGUCCCACAAAGACAGUGUGAUCAUAAAUAUUCAGACUCUGAAAAGACUGCGCUGAAGAUUAUGAUGCAGAUGCAGGAUUAUCGAUGGUUACACCUACAGCGAGGAUAUGUUGUAUCUGUGCAAGAUACAAUAAAACAGUCCUACUCCUCUUUUGUAAUCUAAAAAUUAUAUCAAAGUCAUAAUGCGUAUUUUAUAGAAGUAUUUUUGGUCAGUAAUAAACCAUCUUUGUUUGUGCAGCUCAUGUUUAUAUACAUGAUAAAAAAGGUUAAUUUUUAAACCUUAAGGACAAUAAAACCAACAAACACUGUUUGAGGUUCAUCCAUCGCUGUAAAGAGCUGUUCGUUUUCUUAAAACUGUUUUUGUUUUAGUCAAUAAUUGGAGUUUUAUUUCUACGAGAUUGAUGAUAUUUAUGGUUGAGUUAUCAUUUGAACUUUGAGGACUUCUCCUCUCUCUGUGUCUGUCUUUGGUUAGGACUCCAUACUCUUCAUAGAGCAGCACAAGUCCGGUUUUGAGCGACCCGGAGACGUGGAGUUUGAGGACUACAGCCAAGGAAUCAAACCAGCGACCUCUGACUCCAGUCUUAAUCCGCCUAAAGUGCGCGCCAAGCUCUGGCCUUUCAGCAAGAAGCACAAGGUGAGUUUUCGCUCUUCUAACUUCUGAUGAGCUCCUCUCUGAGUUUGUAUAAGAAGACCUCUGACAGCCUGAGUAUCCUCCCUGUCCUGUCCUCUGUGCAGCUGAUCGGUGCCUCCAUAUUGAAAAUAAAACAAGAUAAGACUGGAAACGGAUAAACACCCACAUAGAUCAGUUCUGAAGUUAAAGUUUAAAGUUUUACUCUAAAACUUGAGACAAACUCGGGUUUAGUCAUGAGAUGACACUUUAGUUACUGUAAUUAGGUUUUAAUUACUCAUUUAUAGUCCAUUAAAUACUACAUUUCUUAUCCCAGGUAGCUGAACUAAAAUGUAGAACCGCAGAUCUCAUUUAAACAUAAACUAAACUUGAAUUUUACGGCCAUUUUUUUCACUAAUUAAAAUCAAAGUUUAGUGGUUUUAAGGUGGGGUUAUUAUUAAAUGUGCAUUUUGAUAGAGAUCGUUAAAGUGCAUGUCAAAAUAUACACAGACACAUUAUAUAUUAGGGCUGGGCGAUAAACCGAACAUUUACUGACACCUAAAUUUAUGACAAAAACUGACGUCAUUUUGCUCAUAUCAGUACAUACAGUGUCAAAUAAAUAAACUUGUGGAGUAGUUAUCGUCCAUUUAUCAUUAUCGAGGUAAACCGAUCAACAUAUCAUGAUAUUGAUUUGAGGCCGUAUCGCUCAGCCCUAUAAUACAGUACAGGCCAAAAGUUUGGACACACCUUCUCAUUCAAUGUCUUUUCUUUAUUUUUUUAUAUGACUAUUUACAUUGUAGAUUAUCACUGAAGGCAUCAAAACAAUGAAUGAACACAUGUAGAAUUUUGUACUUAUAAAAAAAGUGUGAAAUAACCGAAAACAUGUUUUAUAUUCUAGUUUCUUUAAAAUAGCCACCCUUUGGUCUUGAUGACAGAAGUACCUUGUCAGGGUUACUUCAGGCACUCCUGUGAAGUAAAAACCAUUUCAGGUGACUACCUCAUGAAGCUCAUUGAGAGAACAGCUAAAGUUUGCAGCGCUAUCAAAAAAGCAAAGGGUGGCUACUUUGAGGAAUCUAAAAUAUAAAACAUGUUUUCAGUUAUUUCACACUUUUUUCUUAAGCACAUGAUUCCACAUGUGUUCAUUCAUAGUUUUGAGAAUCUACAAUUUAAAUAGUAAUGAAAACAAAGAAAAUGCAUUGAAUGAGAAGGUGUGUCCAAACUUUUGGCCUGUACUGUAUAUCAUUAUAACUUAAAGUUUGGCGUCCAUUUAUUCGUCUAAAAAACAUCAAAACUCUUCAUGAAGUUGAUCUUCUUUUAUUAUAUUGGACUUGUUCUUGUAGUUUUCCCUUUUAUUGUCAGUUUAUCUCAUGAAAAGUCCAAAAACUGACUCAUCUAAAGUACAAAUAAAAAGUUUCAAUAAGUAAAAAAGCAUCUGGUUCAGUGAUAUGUAGGCCAGGAGUGCGAUUAGAAACCGGACCAGCGCCCAGUCAUCGGGAGCUGCACUGUGACUCAUCAUUGUGUUAAAAUUGUUUUUGUUAAAUAACGAAGAUCUGCGGCUCUGAAUCCAUCCAGGCUCUUAAUGGAGGAUCAGUUUACUGUUGGUUUGGUCUUUAAGUGGGAUUAGUAGUCUAAGAGGAGGUUUAUUCGCGGACUCAUCCUUUAAUAGUCGACGUGUUUGAAUCUGAAAUAUUCACGAUUACUCAGCUCACGUCUAAAAAAAGCUGCAGCAGCUGGAUGGACCUGAACCGCUGCCUGUUUGACAGCUUGUUGCAGAGAAACUUCUCAUGAGUCAAAGCUGUAAAAACCAUCAGACCUGGUUUUUCUCAUGUUCUUGUUUUUGUUGUUGUUGACUUUUUAGUGCAAACUGAAGCUCACACGCUGUCCCCACCGUGUCUGAGAGCAAACACACACAAACACAAAACUCUGCACACAUUCCUGACAUGUCUCACCCCACCGCCCUGUUGCCCUUGGGGCCUAUUCUGAUUCCAGUCUGCUGCACAGACUUGCCUUAAAACACCCUCGGCUCGCUCUUUAACUCUUUGUCUUCUUAACAACACAAAUCUCUGCAUCUGUUUGACCUCCUCCUUCUUCUUCUUCUCCUUCUUCUCCUGCUCCUCUCAUUAGCAGCGUAAUUUUCUUUCUUCUUCCUUUCCUCCUUGUUUUUCCUGCCCUGUCUUUUUCCACUCCUCCUCAGUUUUCCCGUCCGUCUUUCUCUCCCCCAUCCCCUUUCCCACCGGGCAGCCAUCCCCUCUCCCUCCCUCUCUCCCUCCCCCUCACCAAGCUGCAGCACUCCCCCCUCUCUCUGUGUCUGAGGGAGUUUAACCGUUCUGUAAAACCCAGGAUCUCCACCUUAAAGCUGUUGCACAAACAGCACCGGGUGAGUGACGACAUCAGUCUCCAUCCAAGUCUCCCCUCAUACGUGUUUCACUGACGCUGGCUUUAGUUUGCUAACAUCACUGUAGUUGUAACUUCCUGUGUUCAGUGUUUUCAGGUGAGUAAACAAAGAGGCUUUCCUGGGGUUUCAUCUUCAUUUGUAACCAGAAAGUAUUGCUGCAGAAUUUACCCAAUGUUUCACUGAGAUUACCAUUUAAAUACCAGAAGAAGGAAGGAAGUGAAUCCAGCGAUAGAUAGAAGAAGAAGAAAGGCACACAUAACCUGACAGUAACCUGUUUCCCAUGUGGGGACAAUAGUGGUUCAAUGCUAAUCUGUCUCUUUAUUUUUAUCCUACAAUCAGCAGUCAACUGUUUCCCAGCAAAACAAUUUGAAAUAUGACAAGAAAGGCACACAGGUAACUACAGAAUUAUGUAUUUUUAGUUCACUGUCAAAGGGAUACUCCAGAGUAAAUUUAAGUUAUGGUGAAAACACGCCGUAACAUUGAGUUAGACACUCCAUCGACCGCUUGCUUCUCUAGUUAUACCAACUUUAGUAACGACCGCAGGAUAGAAAUACAGAGAGACACACACUCAACCAAAACACCACUCUAUAGCCACAAAUAAUGCUCAGAACAGCACCUAACUUCAUCAACAGGACAUAUAGGGUCACAGACAUAGUACUAGACACCAAACAUCUUUUUAACUUUGACUCAUUUCUUUAGCAAAGAGACUAAACACAACUCACCUACUCUCUUCCAGCAGACGCUUGUUUAUAGGAAGGGUCCUGACGAGUCGAUUAAUGAGUGCAGAAGAAAAUUUAUGAUUACUGUAUUUUUUGGGCGAUAAGGCGCACUGUGAAUUAACCUGUCUAUGUUCACAUAUAAGGCGCAUUAAGCAUUAAUUGUUUUAUGUUGCUAGCACAUACUCCAGGCUCUUUACAAGAAUGCACUUCUAGUUUAGAAAUUACAGACAGGCAGUCUUAUAGACUGCUCAGGGGUCCUGUUACGGGGCCAAAUAUUUCCGAAUAUCCACUGAGCAGAGCGGCUCCGUUGCUUACCAAAGUUGCUGGAUUAUAAGGCGCACUGUCAAUUUUUUGGAAAAUUUAAGGAUUUUAAGUUCCACUUAUUGUCCGAAAAAUACGGUAUUUCUUCAUGGAAAUACAAUCAGACUGAGAUACUUAGACAGAAGAACUACAGCGUCUGCAAAAUGAUUAAUAUGAUGAUUAUUACUUUGAGGAAAUGAUAAAGAAAUGAUCAUAAAUGUUCUUCCUUGAGCUGCGACACCCCGCUGUAGUCCGUAAUGGACACAUACAAGCGGCUGCUGGAAGAGAGUAGGUGAGUUGUGUUUAGUCUCUUUGUUAAAGAAAUGAGUCAAAGUUAAAAAGAUGUUUGGUGUCUAGUACUAUGUCUGUGACCCUAUAUGACCUGUUGAUGAAGUUAGGUGCUGUUCUGAGCAUUAUUCGUGGCUAUAGAGUGGCGUUUUGGUUGAGGGCGUGGCUCUCUGUAUUACUAUCCUGCAGUCGUUACUAAAUUUGGUAUAACUAGAGAAGCAAGCGGUCGUCAACAUUCAUCUCUCGACGGAGUGACCAUAGCUUAAAUUUACGCCAGAAUAUCCCUUUAAGUGACGCACCAGUUUAGCCUUGUGGCUAAAGCGUGUAACUGCAAAGGUUGUGGGCAGAAAUACUUUGAACAGUCAAAUGUGUUCAUUAACUCGUAUUAGUAUUUUAUCACCUCCAAGCUAACGUCACUGUAUGAUCGUGGUCUGACAUACAAUAAUAAACAGGAAAACAGUUAAAACUCUGACUGUAAUGAAAUGUUCGUGUUCUUCUCUGCAGUCGUCUAAACUCAGUUUGACUGCCUGGAUCUUUAACGCUGAAUUUGUCCGAUUUCUGAAGCACCUGUUGCCUUAUUGAUCGCCGUUUCUUAGCGCCACACCCUCAGUGUGUCAUCGGACAGAAAGUACAGUAAAUACUCGUUGUUGUAGAAAUGUCCUCACCGUGUUGUGUGUUUGUUUGUUGUGUCCCUGUCUCAGACUGAGUGUCCAUUUUCUCUCUGUCUAGAUAACGCAUGCUGAGAAACACAUGGUAACACUUACUAACACUGUGUAGACGGUAGACUCAUGGGGUAUUUACGAUCAGGUACUCUGGUGUUGGUUUCUUCUGGAGAGGGAUUAUCGAUGAUUUAUGGAGUAACUUCAAUCAGGACCAAACUGCACUGACCUAAGUGGGUUAAAAAGGGUGAAGGGUGGAGUAACAUCACAUGGAGAUCACCUCAAACUCAUCAUAACAUCAUCAGAGAGGGUGUUCGAGUCUUGAUCAAUAACGAUAAGAGCAGACAGAAAAACAAUCGAACAAAGGAAGACGGACGUUUCCUCCAUGCAGGUUAAAUAUAAGAAAUCCAUAAACUGUCUCACCUGCAGGUUGGAUGGUUCAGGCUUCAAAGAGACAAUCAGAGGAAAGACAUUAUAGUGAGUUUAUGACCCGGCUGAGAACGUUAAUUCAGCUGAAUGCCUCUUUAAUGUCCUAAAUUAACAUAAUAUUGACUUUGGGGACAUAUGCACCUGCAGCCAAGCGACCAUAUUAAUGAGCUGGAAACAUAAUAAGACAAGGAGGUCAUCAUUACUUCCUCAUUCAGACUGAUGCAUUUCAGUCCAUGACGACUCAUGUGGGAGUGUAAUCCACUCAAAUCUGCCACACGGCGAGCGAGCGACUUGAUUUUACUGCAGAUUUGCUAUUUAAAUGCAGGUGUGUUUGAACUUCCAUGACCUCCUCUGUCACCACAGGUAGGUGCAGUCAGGUGACGUUGGUUGAAAGCGGAUGCCUUUACUAUUUGUCAGUGCAAACACAGUUAUUGGUCUGGUUGCAGCUACUCUUUAUGAAAUCAAAUGCGUUUGUCUCAUGGCAAAGGGAUCUGCCUCUCUGAUUAAACACUGUCGUCAACGUUCCCUCUCAGUAGCAGCAGUGAUAGAAGUCUUCAGGCUGUGAUGCCACACUGAUUAUGUAAAAUAACUUUAAAUCCUCGGUAAAAAACAACGACGGGUGUUUUGUUUCAGUGACCAUCACCUCAAGUCACAUCUAUUCAUGCACGUCGAUUUGUGUAAAAGACUAAAAACACACUUAAAGGAAUAAACAGCAACAUUUCCUUUAAAAAAUUAAAGGUACUGCUGCUAGUUCAGGUGAUCCAAACAAAGACUUAAUGGAGAACUGUAACAGACAAACAGUCCCUGUGUUACUUAUGAUAUAACAUGGAAUUAGUUAUCUCUUUUAUGUAUUUAAAGCACCUAUAAGGGAUUUCUGACAGUUAUAAUAACAAAUGAAAUUUGUGAUGCAACAACUCUAACAUGACUAUCAUAAUUAUUAUUUUGUUAUUAUGUUAUUAUUAUCAUUAUCAUCAUCAUCAUCAUCAUCUUUAUUAUUUUUUAUUAUCUUAUCAUUAUUUUAUUAUUAUUGUUAAUUUAAUUAGAAUUGUUUUAUAGUUAUUAUUUUAUUAUUAUUAUUCAUAAUAAUAUAAUUAUAAUUUUUUAUUAUUUUUACAAUUAUUAUCGUUAUUUUUAUUCGUAUUGUUGUUGUUAUUAUCAUUAUUUUGAUAAUUAUUUUAAUAUAAUUAUCAUUAAUGAUAUAAUAAUUAUUUUAUAAUUAUUAUUAUUUUUUAGUAUUAUUUAUAAUUAUCAUUAUUUUAUUUUUUUAUGGUUACUGUUAUUAUUUAUAUUAUAUUAUUAUUUUAAGUAUUAUUUUUAUGAUUAUCAUUGUUAUUAUUUAAUUAUAAUUAUUAAGAUUAUUAUUUUUUUAUGGAUUAUGAUUGACUAUUUUAAUGCUCUACUCUUUCAUGUCUGAUAUUUGUAAAUGGGGGCUGGAAUCAGAAACAGGCAUGUUUUUGCAAUGGAGAGUCAGCAUUGUAUGUUUUAUUUUUGUCCUGACUAUGAGCAAAGGCUGCUCCAUCCAAAGGGGGCGCCAAAUCUAACACAAACUGAAAGUUACUCACAGGAGCUUUAACUUGGAUUCUUAUCAUUUCUGAGAUAAAAAUUCGUCCCCUUCCUUAACAUUCUAAAGCAGUGGAGCUGGAUUCACAUUUUUACAAACCUUGAAACAUGUCUUCAGUGUUUUCAGACCACAAAUAUAAAAGUAAAACCCUGACUUUGCUAACCUUGUGAGAAAUCUUUAAGAACAGAUUAUCAUUUGACUUUUUGUAAAAGGUCCUCAAACAUUUGCCUGAGUUAACAUCAGUGUGGCAUCGCAGGGUAAAGAGUGGUAUUUCUUGUUCAUUAUUAAGCACCAAUUCAUAAGAGCGCAGAUAAAUUUCAGUAGUAUUGUCGAGGGACGUUAGUCAUGCUCCUCUCUUUCUCUCUCUGUUGUUUGUUUGUUUCCUUUCAUAACUGUCAUCCCUCAAAAAGGAGGGAUUGUUACCUUGACACAGAAUAAUUGGCUCGGUAUUGUUUGGUUUCUUUGACUAACAAGCUCUCAGUAGACGUCGUAUUAUCAGAGGGACAGAGACAGACAGAAGGAGGGAGGGAGGAGUGACAUCUGGUGGUGCUUACUGAUAAGGUUGUUGUACACACGACGCCGUGCGAGGAUGCUCAUUAUGUGUGUAUUCUGUGUGUGUAUGUGUGUGUGUUUGUGUGUGUAGCCACCUGCUGCAGAGGAUUUCUCUCACCUUCCUCCAGAGCAGAGGAAGAAGAGGCUUCAGGCGAAAAUCGACGACAUCUCCAAAGAUCUGCAGAAGGCGCAGGAUCAGAGGUGAGAACAUGAGAAUAUCACAGUCAGCAUGGCGAGCGCCCCCGAGGACGCCGUCGGUUAAAGUGACAAGAAAAUAACAAAAUAUGACGGAGCGGAUCACUUCAUAUCAACCUGCCACUAUUAACACAUUAAUGAAGGCCCAUAAAAAAAUCCAUGUAAGCAGUUUGAAGCGUUCAUAACUGUGUUUACAAAGCAGUGAGUAAAGGUGUGAUUUAUAACACAAAACUAAUAAUGACAUCUUUUAAAUUCUGGGUUUUUUAAUCAAUCAUAUCUCACUUUUUUAUACAGUUUUAAAAGUUUAUAAAGAAUUUUUACCAUUUUAACUUCUUAAAUCAGUUGUAUUUAAUCAAAACAUGAACUUUUUUUAACUUUAAAAUGUAAAUUUUUUACUUUUAUUCUAUUCAAAAACUUUAUUAUUUAUUUCUCUUUGUAUGAAGCAGUCCAGGUGUGCCUUUGAUUGUUGUUACAGCUGCGCUAAAGCAGCGUUUCAUCCAAUCAUCACCGCUCUUUAUUGUAUAUUUCAUUUUUCUGAAGGUGCCCAGACUCAUUAAACAGGAGAGGGUUAGGGCAACUGGGAAAAAAUAAAAUAAAAAGGUCCGAAAUUUUAUUAUUAUUCUGAGAAAAAAAUCAGAAUUCUGACUUUUUUUUUCAGAAUAAUAAAUUUUAAAAAUAAUUAUCUUGGACCUUUUUUUUAAUAGUGGCCCUAAUCCUCCUCAGUACAUUCAUGACCUUUUUUUUUAAUUUGAGUAUCAUAGAAAUCAUAGUUUAUUAUCACACAGUGAAUAAGUUCUCUAUUAUUUGGAUAAAGUUGUAGUUAAAGUGUGGGUGUGGUUUAAAGAGGUGGUGCUAAACUUUUAAAAACAAAGAGUCAAAAUUUUUGAUCUCAAUACAACAAAGUUUUAAAUCAGGCAAAAUUACAACACGUGAAAUAAACAUUUGUUGGAGAAUAUAUAUGAACAAGACUCAAUGUAAUGUGCUUAAAGCUCCUGUGAGGAGCUUUCUGUCUGUGUUGAUUUUAGCGCCCCUUGUGGAGAAAGUGGGUAACCCUUUGUCUUUUAGUGUUGACUAAAGAAAAACCCACCAGUGUAGGAUAAAAUUGAGCUAAAAAUAAACUUGUACAGCUGCUGCAGAGGUGUCGGACUGAAAAUAGAUGUUGAAGCAAGAAAAUAAAAAAACACACUUAGAUGAAAAAACACGAGUUUAAUCUUGAAUUGUGAAAGAAAAACUGUGACAUUAUUUGUGAGGUAUAGAUUAACUACAUGUCCGGUGUUGUCUACAUGCUGCUGCUUGUGUACUUGUCUGACCUCGGGAGGUUAAAUGGUUUGGAUUCAGGUUCUGAGUUUCAAUUAGUAAACAAUAGCCGGUUCCUAAUUAGGUGGCCACAGUUUGGGGAAGAUCCUUUUCCUGUUUCUGUGUGACAAUAGUCCGAGGUCUGCCGCAGAAACAGUUUUCCCACUUUGGUGAUGAAGAACCUGAGUCCAAACUUCCUCAAUCAGAGCUCUCCUCGUGAAAACAAUAACACCUUCUCCUCACCUCAUGUUGACCUCAGCGAAGCUCUAGAGAAGAUGAAGGGUGUGUACGAGCAGAACCCACAGAUGGGAGACCCCUCCAGUUUGGAGCCCCAGAUCACAGAAACAGCCCAGACCAUCGGCCGCCUGAGGGGGGAGCUCACCAAAUAUGAGGUCCACACACACACACACAAAAACACACAUCUCUAAACUGUGUUCAUGCUGGAUCAGAUGAACUUUCCUGUUUGUUCAAGUCUUGACUUGUAACCCUGACUGGUUGUAGACAUGGCUGUCUGAAGCGGUGGGAGGAGAGGAAUCCACCAACAGCAUCAACAACAACACACAACACAGGUGAGCUCUGUCUUUAAAGGAGUAGUUCCACAUUUUCACAGGUAUGCUCACUUUGAUGUUUAUUCGGUCCAUAUAAGGUGAUUUUACAGCCGACAGGAACCCUGCUCAACCCUUUUCAUGCGCCUCAAAUUGCACCCUGCAUUGAUUUUGUUGCUCUUAGUGCAACUCUUCUUUUAACAUCCAUUCAGUGCUAUGAAGAAACAAGAGUUUUGCAUAUCCAGGGUUACCAUCAGAAUAAGUAUCCUUGAAUAACCUUGUUGUUUUUAAACGUAAGCCUGUGAACUUAAAGCUCCAGUAAGGAGUUUUUAUAGGUUUAUGAAACAUGCUGAAAUCUAGAUUGUUAAAUCUUUAUGAGCUGCAGAAGAAAACAAGACCAUCAGCACAAAGACUGAAGUUUAUUUUCAUGUCUGCUGGUGCAGGGUAGGUGUCAGAGGAUUAACCGUACACUGCAGAAACAGACUUUGUGAACAGUGAUCCUGAAACUUUUGACUGUUUUAAGAAAGUAGAAUAAGAUUUUCAACAGGACAAGAUCAGUAAAGAAGUAACAGGCGCUGAUUUCUGCAAACCAGAAGUUCCUGACAGGAGCUUUAAGUUGUUGUGGAGGCAGAUUUUACUUUAGUUACUUUAUUUUAUCCCCCUAACUUCUUUGAAUGACUUAUUAAUUUUCUAACCUCUCUCAUGUAUAUUUACUUUUUUGUGUGGAGCACUCUCUCCGUCCGGCGUUCGAUAAAUCUGUAUAUCAAACUACUCUUGACGAAUAUCUUUGAAUGUUCGUAAACAGCGAGGAAAGGAUGUCGUGUUUUUAACGUGUAUUUGUGUGUCUCUGUCGUGUGUUCGCAGCGUCGUAGCGGCUGAAACCACUCACAACAUUUACACCGAGUUUGAAGACGAGUUUGAGGACGUAGAAGCCCCGAUCGGCCAGUGCUCGGCUCUUUAUACCUUUGAAGGUACAUUUACAGCGUUCACACUCAACCGCCUCCAUAAAAAUAUCUCAUUAUGGUCUUUUAUGUGACUCUUAUGUGUGUUUGUACGCAGGCAACAGCGAGGGCACCAUCUCCAUCACAGAGGGAGAGCUGUUGAGUAUAAUGGAGGAGGAUAAAGGAGAUGGAUGGAUGAGAGUCCUUAGAGCUAAUGGAGAAGAGGGCUAUAUACCUUCAUCCUAUGUCAAACUUGCACCGUAACACACGUGCACACACACACACGUACACACACACACACACACAGGAGUUUGUGGUGGAAAGUUAAGAGCCAGAGGUGAAUAGAAAGUCAUCUGUGAUGAUUGGAGCUUUUCUCUCCGUCUUUUAUCUCAGCCUGUGACGUGUUGUGAGAUGAAAGUGAGUGAUUAUAAAGCUCGUUAUCAGGCCUGAUUGUAAUUAUCCUACACUCCUGUUUCUGCAGAGGCCGCCGCCUCCUCCUCCUCCUCCUCCUCCUCCUCUCUGAUCUUAUUAGAUUUCAGCUCCUUUAAAAACAAACUUUUGAAUGUAUACCUGAACUUUCCGUCACAGCGUUAAGUGACGACUCGUGUAUCUUAUUCAUCUUCUACGUAGCGCGACGCUACACGUCUACGUCGAUAUAUCCAUUCACUUGACUUUCCCGAAGCCACUUUGCAAUAACCUGCUGACCUUUUUCUCUUUGUAACACCGACCUUCUGUUAAAGCCUUUAUUCCCGACAGGAUAAUGUGAGUUUUCUUCAUCGUCACACAGAGGUGAAGUUUAAGGACUUAAAACUGGAUAAAAACCACUAUGAGGUUCCUUCAAUAGACGGUUACGCUAAACGAUAGGUUCACAGUUUGGGUCUCCUACAUGUGCAGCAGUUUUCAGUGGAUUUGGAGUGGUGUCACGGGGGUCGUGGUCUCGACUGUAAAACUGUUAUUGAAGAAAAAACCCUGUUCAGGAUCGAGGUCACCUUUUUGGAGUUUUAUUCAUGACACACUAAGUCAAGUUCUGGUAUUUUAUUCUAAUUUAUGACAGAUUAAGUCCUUCCUCACAAAAUCAUCCUCGUCUUAUCUCACAGAGCGGAUUAAAGAGACAGCAGCUAAAACAAAGCGUUUCAGACUGAGGCUGAAAUAAUGUUUGAACACACCAGAGAGAAAUUUGAGGAUUUUUUGUUCUAAAAUAAUUUAAAGAUAUUAAAGAGGAAUCAGAAAGCAAGUAUAGACCCCCAUUUCAUUUUUCAGAGCGUGACAUUUUUUAGAAAAACGCCUCUUAAAAUGAUCCACCCUUAAAUCCGCCUCAAAACGCUAUAAAUGUCCUUCCUAAACACGUGCAUCUUAAGUCUAAAUAGUCUGUGUUUGUGUGUAUUUAUGCAGGAAGACUCAAAAGUGUGAACCUAUCCAGAUGUUAAAAUACUAAUUUUACUGCUAAAGCAAAGUUUGCACAGAAAAUUUCCAAGGGUUUUGUGACUCGAGAAGCACAAUGUCAAAAAAUGAUCAAACUACUUUAAAACUCUAACCGCUGUUAUCGCUGCAGGCUGUUUGAAAUACACUAAAACAUUUUUAAUAUCCUUGAGUUAGAUUAAAAAGAAAAGUAUGAGACCAGGAUGUCUGAGGGGGGAAAUCUGAGUCUCUUGUAAAAACAUAAAAUGUGAAAUAAGUUUUUGAUGAAUUUGAUGAAUUUUUAAAGAUCUUCUCCAGAUAUUUUUACAACAUAAAACUAACCCCAAAAUAAUUUAUGUAUGAAUAUGUUCCUUUUUCUACCCAAAGUUAAACUGUAAGUCUGCCUUUGUGAAUAAUCUGAAUUUCUAAAUGCUGCUUUUCAUUGAAUUUUUACCGGAAGGUUUCAGUUCCUGCGUCACAUUUGUGAUCAUUAAUAUGAUAAUGAAUUAAAAAACGGCUCAAACGGAGUAACUUUUCUCUCUCGAUACUCUUUAAACAGCCGACUGUUAAACUCCUUUAAAGGGACUCUCCCUCCUGAUGAGCCGUGACAUGUUUACCCAUCUCUCUCUCUCUCCUCCACCACUCUGAGUUUUUCAGCUUUUAAGGGUUUUUAUUGUAUGAUCCAUUUUUCUGUAUUUACAUGUAUCAUUUGAGUCAUAAAGUCGAAAGAACAAACA